AUGUCAGAAGACGCAGAAAAAUUCAAAAGAUAUUGCCAACAGUUAGAAAAAUAUGGACAAACGGAAACUGUUCAUUCUCCAGUGAUGGCUUUGUUGCGUAGAAAAGCUCGAAAACAGCUUCUAUCGCUUAUGAAACAAGAUAUCGAUUGUUCAAGUAGCAUCAACAAGUUAUGGAUCGUCGGAUACUAUCAUCCGUUUCAGUUUUUCAUCAGGGAAGACGAUAACUCGAUGGAAACCGUCACUCUGCUGACAAUGUUCUGUGGAGAACUUCAAGAAAUGUUAUUUUUCACAACGAAAAACGAGUAUUCAGCACUCUGGAAUCUCUUCAUUGCUGAUCUUCACCGAUAUAUGCCAGAUGGAGAAAUUCAGAAGCUUCUGGCGCCUGGGUUCUAUUCGAGAGCUAUCGAGUUGGAUUCAAGACAUGGAAGAGCUUUCCAUAUGUUGUCUGUAACUAUGAACGGCGCCGAUUAUGCUACUAAACUGAAAUUGAUGGUUUUAAGUCAACUGGCUGAAAUUCCUCAAAAAAAGAGCUCGGAUUUGAAUGAUUUUCUCGGCAAGGCUGACGGAGAUAAGUUCCUCACGGAGUUCUGUAAUUGGGCGUUGAAUGAGAAUCCGAAACGUGUGGAUCAUCAGCUCGCUGGACUUAAAUUGAUAAAUCAGUUCAAAACGGAAGUUGAAAGUGAAAAAGAUUGGCCGAUGAUACUGGGAGUUUGCCGAUUAGUUGCCAAGUUGGCUUAUAAAAAAUUUGGAUACAAUCAAUUUCUUGACUGCUUCGACGUUAUUUCAUCGUUUUAUUUGGAGUAUUAUUCAAAGUCAGAAACCACAAAAUCUCUGCUUUCUGAAGUGAUUUUAUGGAUUUGCGAUGCUGGAGAAGUGUUUGGAAGUGAGAAUCUGGUAAAGAAAGAACCAUAUUUUCUUUCUUUGUCUGUUUUUGCAAAAGCAAAGUGGAAUGAACUCAACGAUUUGGUCAUGGAUCAUAUCAACUCCUUGUUCGCUUCAGAACAUCUUCUGGAAGACUCUUCUACUCCAAUUCCAAUGAUAAAUAGUUCUGAGCCAUCUAUCCAGAUAUUGAGUCAACUUGUUCAUAAUCUCCUUCGAAUCGGUCACCCAACAAUGGAACUUUUGAAGCAAAAAGGCCAACCCCUCCUCCGUCGAAUCAAUCAAACCGAAUCGAAACGUAUGGAUAUUCCAAUAGAGGCGCUCGCUGAGAAAAUCAGUGAUUUGUCGAAUCGCGAGGAUUGGCGACCUGUUUAUGUGCUCAUGGAUACUGACACAAUACUCAACAAAACUAGAUUUGCUCAUAAGAUUUGGGAUAUUGAUGAUUUCAUUUGCAUUCUUCCGUCGAAUGUUCUCGAUGAGUUGGAUAAUCAAAAAAUGAGAAAUAAGGCGGUCCGACCAGUCAUUCGAUCCCUGAUGGAACUACAAGCCGAAGGAAGAAUCAUAUUGAAAAAGUGUACCGACGAACGUCAUUGUGCUGAACAACUGGUGCAGAGUGCGAAAGGAUCUUCCGAAGAUCACAAGAACAUCGUCGCAUUUCUCUGUAAGAAACCAGAAGAAGAAGAACCGAUGGAGGGAGUCACUUUCUAUGAAAUCAAGCAAUUCUACACGAAAUAUCUGGAGUAA